AUGGAUGGCCUAGAUUUAGACAGGCUCCUCUGUUAUAAAAGGUUUAUUUUACCUGCAAAUCCUGGCCUCAGCUCUCCUUCUGUAAUCGAAAACCCUAGCAACUCUCUUACGCAGCUCGCCAAUGGGGGCUUACAAGUACGUGUCGGAGCUAUGGAGGAAGAAGCAGUCCGAUGUAAUGAGGUUUUUGCAGAGGGUGAGGUGCUGGGAAUACCGUCAGCAUCCAUCAAUUGUUAGGGUCAACCACCCUACCCGUCCUGACAAGGCACGCCGCUUGGGUUACAAGGCCAAGCAGGGUUAUGUGGUUUAUCGCGUCCGUGUUAGGAGGGGUGGUCGUAAGAGGCCUGUUCCCAAGGGUAUUGUCUAUGGUAAGCCCACAAACCAGGGUGUGACCCAAUUGAAGUUCCAGCGCAGCAAGCGGUCUGUUGCAGAGGAGCGUGCUGGUCGAAAGUUGGGAGGUCUCAGGGUUGUUAACUCAUACUGGAUCAAUGAGGAUUCUACUUACAAGUACUUUGAGGUUAUCCUGGUUGAUGUUGCACACAAUGCUAUCCGCAAUGACCCAAGAAUUAACUGGAUCUGCAAUCCUGUUCACAAGCACAGGGAGCUUCGGGGACUCACAUCUGCUGGUAAGAAAAACAGGGGCCUGCAUGGAAAGGGUCACUUGCACCACAAGAAUCGGCCUUCUCGCAGGGCAACCUGGAAAAGAAACAACACUCUCUCUCUUCGUCGUUAUCGUUGAAGACUUACUAACGUUUCUGUCGUUGAUCUCUGAAUUUGUCAUUUUUAGUUCGAAAUUUUUGCAAGUUUAUUCAUUUCAAGUCUAAUAAAUGGAAUCGAAUUUAUUUUUGUUUGACGUGUUGUGAAUUUGUGAAGGUAUAUGCUGCCUUUGUUACGAAACACUGUGCUCAAUGCACCGAAUAUCCGAUUGAAAAAAACGAGGUUUUUUCUGGAGUUUUUAGGUCCA